AUGAAGUUAGGUCAAUUAGUGUCGCUCACAUUUAUACCUACGCUAUAUGUGUUGUUUGUGCUGUUGCUGGAAUUUGUGGAAGAUGCUGUGGCACAAAAUCCUGACCCACUUUUCCAGCUACCCGUGCAGUUAGUCGGCUUCCCGGUUAUCGUGUUAUCAGUGCGCUUAUCACAAUUCGCUAAGAAGCUGGCUUACUCGUUGAAUCCAAACACCUAUCGCGCGCGCAGCAAACGUGAGACUGCAGCAUAUGCCGCUUAUGAUGCUGAGUUGGCGCAAAAAGAAAUUUUACGAGAGUUUGGACCGAGCGCUUGUAUAUUGGAGGAACCUUGUCGUGUGCAUGCUUCACGGCCAGGCCGCUUUGGUGCACAACAGCAUCCAGCGUGGAAUGAAAUUUUGAGAAACUACAGAGUUCAAUCAACCGGCAUGAAACAAUGGUACCUACUCUCCGUCUACAUUGGCGAUGCAGUGCGCGAUGUGCCACUCUGUCGGCACCUGGCCAAACGGAUGCCAUGUCCAGGCGUUGGACCAUUGCCGCCACCGCAACCACGCUAA